AAUUAUUAUAUCUGCUUUUAAAAUAAUCAACGGACUCCAAAAAGCAGAAAAAAAGUCAAAAUCCAUGUAUAUCUUCUGAAAUCUGCAAUUAGUUGUGAGAAAUCUAAGAGAGAAAACAACAAAGCAGAAAGAAUGUUGCAAAUCCACUGGUAUGUCUUGGCUAUCAUAGUCUUCCUCCUCGUGAUCUUCAAGCCUUUUUUCAUUCAGAAGCAAGAAAUAUACAAAAGCCUACCACCAAGCCCACCAUCUUUACCCAUCAUUGGUCAUCUCCAUCUACUGAAACAACCAGUCCACCGGACUUUACAAUCACUUUCCCAAAAAUAUGGUGAGAUCUUACUACUCCGGUGUGGGGCCCGCAAUAUCCUCUUAGUCACAUCCCCUGCCGCUGUGGAAGAGUGCUUCACCAAGAACGAUAUCGUAUUCGCCAAUCGUCCCAGAUUGCUCGCAGGCAAACACUUCACUUACAACUACAAAACUGUCAUCGUCGCCCCUUAUGGAGAUCUAUGGCGUAACCUCCGGCGCGUGAUGACUCUAGAGGUGUUGUCACCAGCUCGUCUUGCACCAUCGUCUAACAUCCGACAAGACCAGGUUCGAUCACUGGUGAGUCAACUCAUGCAGAGUUAUGCUAGUGGAGCAAGAAAGGUGGAGUUGAAAUCGAAGUUCACAGACCUUUCUUUCAAUGUCAUGACAAUGAUAAUUGCGGGAAAGCGGUAUUUUGGAGACGAUUUUGAAGAUGUUGAGGAGGCAAAGCAGUUCAGGGAUGUUAUAAGAGGGACACUUGACCUCAGUGGGGUAUCGAAUAUUGGAGAUUUCUUGCCCUUUUUGGAAUGGAUAGAUUUUCAGGGGUAUGAGAAGAAGAUGAGGGGAUUGAUGAUAAAGAUGGACAAAUUCUUGCAAAAGCUGGUUGAAGAACAUCGUCAAGUUUUAUUAAUUGGUAACAAAGAAAGUGAUAGUGAUGGAUCAGCAAAGAAGACAGUCGUGGAUAAUUUGCUAAUGAUGCAAGAAAAGGAUCCAGAAUUCUACACUGACGAAAUUAUCAAAGGCAUCAUGUUGGUAUUCUUAAUAGCAGGCUCAGAGACUUCAUCAAGUACCAUGGAAUGGGCAAUGGCUCUUCUGCUUAACCAUCCGGAUGUGUUGAAGAAAGCAAGAGCAGAGAUAGACGCCAAUGUCGGUCUAGGCUGCAUGUUGGAUGAACAAAACUUGCCAAAGCUGAAUUACUUGCACAAUAUAAUCAACGAAGCACUUCGUUUGUAUCCUCCCGUGCCACUUCUCCUGCCACAUGAAGCCUCAAACGAUUGCAAGGUACAUGGUUAUGACGUGCCUCACGGUACAAUGUUAAUGAUCAAUGCAUGGGCCAUUCAAAGGGACCCGGAGCUAUGGGUGGAGCCGACAAGGUUUAUACCUGAGAGGUUCGAGGGUUGGAAUGGUGAAGGGUACAAGUUGCUGCCUUUUGGUGGCGGAAGGCGGGGGUGUCCUGGAGUUGCAAUGGCUAACAGGGUGAUUGGAUUAGCAUUGGGGGCCUUGAUUCAGUCAUUUGAGUGGGAGAGAGUUGGCGGGGAGGAGAUUGAUAUGGUAGAGGGUUUAGGCCUCACCAUGCCAAAAGUUAAGCCCUUGGAAGCUAUCUAUAGACCUCGAAUAGUCAUUACUGAACAUCCUCUUUGAGUCUAAAUGUUGGUUAAUAAAUUUCCUCUUUUCUUUUAUACAUAUUUGCACACCAUUCCAGUAACAUGUAUACAUAUAUAUACACAUUUAGGUAGAAACCAGAAAUAAAUUACUUUUUGUUAAAACAAAA